CAACCAAAGCACGCUUGCCUUUGCUGCACAGACUGUCUAGCAAGUUUGAAAAUAGUAUAUUCGAUAUUAGUAUAACGCGUUACGUAUGCAAAUGUCGUAAUGCAAUGUAUAACAACUAUCUCGCGAAAGCUGAGAACAAGUGACAGCUCAUGAGUGUUAAUUUAGCUGGUUGAUCUAUGCGGCUAGCUAAUGUUAGCUGGUAGCAUUGUCAAAAUUGGGCCUAAUGCAUUGGCAACAAACCAAGACGACAGGCCUAUACCUAGUAAGCUAGCUAACAUGGCUAUUAGCAGUUACAUCGAAUACUCGUGCAACCACACGCGACAUAAUCGAGCAAAUUACCUCCUCGAGCUCAUCGUCGGAGUCAUUUUCCUCCGGCUGAUCCAAAUCGAUGUCGAAUAUACCCGCCAUCGCUGAUCUCGUUCAGUCCGUGAAAAUAGCUCGCGUUCCCCGCCUCAUGGACAAACACACACCGCGGCCAUAACCGGCUACUACACAGAGCAUGCGCACCACGCAACCAACCAAGUGAAGCGCGGACAUGAUCGAUUUGUUGCAGGAAACGCGGCGAGCUUCAAACCAGACUGGAAUAAAAACAUAAAACUGUCAUUGACAGUUGGAGGAAACAUAGCUAGCAAGUUUAUUUUCCACACAUAAUCAUUGAACAUUUAGGCGAACAUACUUGAAAACAACAGCUUUUGCAAGCAGGAAUAGUAAUGUCCAUCGUGACAGUACAACUUGGACAAUGUGGCAACCAGGUAGGCCAAGAGUUGUUCGAGGUGAUCAGCAAUGAUGCAAAUGAUACGCAAAGAAAGGUUUACAGUGAAUGCAGCAGUGAGCGGUUCUUCAAUGAGACUGCAAAUAGAGAACUCGUGGCAAGGUCAGUGCUGAUUGACAUGGAACCCAAAGUCAUCUCACAGAGUAUUGCAAAGACUGCCAAAUCUGGGAAGUGGAGAUAUGGGGACCGUUCACACUUCAGUCAGAAACAGGGUUCUGGAAACAACUGGGCAAAUGGAUACUGUGUCCAUGGACCGCGUCAUGAGGAGGUAGUGAUGGACAUUGUGAGGAGGGAGGUGGAGCACUGUGACUGUCUGGCAGGAAUCAUGGCCAUGAUGAGUGUGGCAGGGGGCACAGGGUCAGGGGUGGGCACAUACGUUACUCAGUGUCUCCGGGACGCCUACCCAAACUCCUUCAUCCUCAACCACCUGACAUGGCCCUAUGGCACUGGAGAGGUGAUAGUCCAGAACUACAACUCUGUGCUCACACUGUCACACCUCUACCAGCUCUCAGAUGCCAUCCUGGUUCACGAAAAUGACACGGUUCACAAGAUCUGUGCCCAGCUCAUGAAUAUCAAACACAUAUCAUUCAGGGACGUCAACAAAGUCAUCGCCCACCAGCUAGGGAGUGUUCUGCAGCCUGCACUCACUGGUGACUCCCAUGGUGUCUACAAUAGAAACCCCAUAGGUGAACUGAUGAGCAGCCUGGUGUGUCACCCAGAGUACAAGCUUCUCAGCGUGUGCAACAUUCCCCAGGUGUCCAGCUCCUCUAUGGCUUACAGCAUGUUCACCUGGCCGGGCCUGCUCAAACAUCUACGUCAGAUGCUCAUUGCCAACUCCAAAAUGGAGGAAGGCAUCGACUGGCAGGUGCGAGCCCCCUCUCUCCAGCCUGAAGGGAUAGAGAGGACCAGGAGUCACAGACGACCAGGCUUCAACACCUCCCUGGCCAACCUGCUCAUACUGCGGGGGAAGGAUGUGAACAAUGCAGAGAUAAGUGGAUUUCAGCAUCCAAGUCUAUAUACCCCCUGGCUUCCAGCAGAUGAGGCUUUCAGCAUGUGGAAAACCCCAGUCCCCUUUAACAAGUAUGAGAAGUCUGCUAUACUGGUCAGCAACAGUCAGACUCUGCUGAGGCCUCUGGACAACAUGGUGGGGAAAGCCUGGAACAUGUUUGCCUCCAGGGCCUACAUUCAUCAAUACACUAAGUUCGGGAUCUCAGAGGAGGAUUUCUUGGAUAGCUUCACAUCUCUUGAACAGGUCAUCUCUAGCUACAGUCAACUUUGAUGCUACGGUCUGCUUUGGACCAGUAAGAUACUUUUUGGACAUGACGAAAACCAGGAUUCAUUCCAACCGCAAAUGUAUGUACUUUCAAGGUAAUUUCUGAUUGAGCUAACAUAUGCAGUGUUUAGCGUAAAUGUGGUCUCUGAACAUUGCCUUUUAAACAUGCAUUGUGGACAAAUUGCGUGAUCAGAUUGUAUUUCGGCCUAAGCCAAUAAAAACUUGCAGGGAGCUGAUACUAUAUUGGCAUGUUAUUGGACAUUACACACGUACUGUUCUCUUGUACCAAAUGAGUCAGAGCAUUAAUGUUGAAAGAAUUACAUGUAUAAAUUCAUUUUACAAAAAUGUACAAAUAAAAUGCCAUUAUUCAAGUACAUUGAGGGGUAUAA